CACUUCAGCACUUUGCAGCAUUUGGCCCGUUUUAUUUUAUCUGUGGCGAUGGGUGGACGUUUGUUUCUUUGUGCAGUCUUAUUGCAGUUGUCAGGGCCCUUGCUAGUUGUCUCAGCUGGAAGCAGUCCUUUGAAGUGUGGCCUGGGCUCUAAACUGUGCCAGGAUGGCUCAGAGUGUGUCCUCUACAACCAUGUCUGUGAUGGAGAAGCAGACUGCAAAGAUGGCUCUGAUGAGGAAGAAUGCUCAUUAGCAUGUGAAACGGACCAGUUCCAGUGCGCCCAUGGAAAGAAGUGCAUAGAGCAGAGCCAGGUGUGUGACGGCGUUUCUCAGUGUCAGGACCGCUCAGAUGAACUGGGAUGCGCCAAACAUAUGGAGGGUUGUGCUCACCAAUGUGAUGACAAGACCCGCUGCAUUCCUAACAGCUUCCUCUGUGACGGGGAGAAGGACUGCUGGGAUAGCAGUGAUGAGGCAAACUGUGCGGAUGAGGGCUGCAGUGCCACUGAGUUUAAGUGUACCGGUGGCCAGUGUGUGUCAGCCACAAUGCGUUGCGAUGGUCACCCAGACUGCUGGGACCGCUCAGAUGAGGAGAGCUGCACCAACGCACCGGCCUGCACCACAAAACACCGCUGCACCCAGAGCAAGGAGUGUCUGUUGCAGGAGUGGAUCUGUGACGGAGAUCAGGACUGUAAAGAUGGCACAGAUGAGAAGGAUUGUCCCAUGGUUCCACUGAACUGCGGCGAGUUCCAGUGGUCUUGUAAAUCCAAGACAAAAUGUAUCCCUACAGCCUGGAGGUGUGAUGGCAUGAAGGACUGUGAUGAUGGCAGUGAUGAGACUGAAUGUACGGUGGUGACAUGCCUCCCUCACCAGUUCCAGUGUGGCAGCCAGGAGUGCCUGGAUCCAGUCCUGGUGUGCAACGGCAUUACCAACUGCGCAGAUGGCUCAGACGAGGGAGGCAGCUGCCAGAUAAACUGUGCAGAGGCAGAUAACAGCCGCUGCUCCCAGAGCUGCUACAGCACGCCACAGGGGACGCGUUGUCACUGUGCAGCAGGGUUCAGGCUCAUGGACGACGGGCUGACCUGUGCUGAUAUUGAUGAGUGUGAAGGCUGGAGCCCAGGUGUGUGCAGUCAGCUGUGCAUCAACACUCCAGGCUCAUACCAGUGCAGCUGUCACCCAGGCUACAUAAUGGAGGCAGGUGGACACCAUUGCAAGAUCACAGGUGAACCCUUCCUGUUGGCGUCAAUCCAAACCGACCUCUUCAUGUUUGGCCUCCGCAGUGGCAGCCUAGACGUAUUGUCCUCCAGUGCUAAAAAGGCCAUCCUCUCCCUGGACUAUGACUGGAGGGAGCAGAGGGUCUUCUGGGUCAGUCUUGACACUGAGGGCAUCAGGUGGUCCUUGCUGGACCAGAAGACCACAGGAACUCUGAUUAAAGGCGUGCGGGCCGAUUCUGUAGCUGUGGAUUGGCUCGGGAGGAACCUGUAUUGGAUCGAUGGAGUGAACAGUCAGAUUGUUGCCAUCAGACUGGCCACAACCACUGUGAAGUCACUGGACCAUAGCGUCAUCCUGGAUGAAGACCUGGAUCAGCCUCGCUCUCUGGCACUGCUGCCACAAAAAGGGCUGAUGUUCUGGACAGAGGUUGGUAACGUUGUGAAGAUAGAGCGUGCUGGGAUGGACGGGUCAGAGAGGAGGGCAGUGGUGAACUCCAGUCUGGGCUGGCCUGGUGGUGUGGCUGUGGACCCCAUCUCUGACAGAGUCUACUGGACAGAUGAAAGGCUGAGGGCAAUUGGAUCUGCAACGCUGGAUGGAGAUGACAUUCAGAUUCUACAGAUGAAAUGGACCACCAACCCAUUCUCCCUGGCAGUGUUCAAUGACAUGCUCUACUGGUCAGAUACCAAGAAGCGAGUGGUGCUGGCUGCUCAUAAAAUCUCUGGCAAAAAUCGUCAAGUUCUCCUGAAAAGACAGAGACAACCUUUUGGUGUAAAGAUCAUCCACCCAUUGCUUCAGAUGGGCAUUGAGAGCCCCUGUGAGAAGAGGGACUGUUCCCACAUGUGUGUGUUAGCCCCAGGACCCAAAGCUGUGUGCAAGUGUCCCUCUGGUCUUUUACUGGCCGAGGAUGGCCUGACCUGCUCCAGCCUGGUCAAUUCAGCUUUCAUGCUGAUGCUGUCUCCCUCCACAGUCACUCAGAUCUAUUUGCAGUCCCGACACACAGCUGCAGAGCUGAAGGGCUGGCCUGAACACCUGGCCCUGCAGGUGCACAGCGUCAACGAGGCAGCCAUCAUGGACUACAGCCUACGUGACCGCACCCUGUUCUUGACGGAUGAUGGCACAACUUCACUCAGCUCCUUCAAGCUGAAGGACUCAGACUUGUCCUCCCAGGGUCAGCUUCUAAAACUCCUGGGUGACACAAUCACCGCCAUGGCCCUGGACUGGGUAACACUUAACGUCUACUGGAGCAGCAACAAACAGCCUCGCCUGCAGGUCACCUCUAUCAAGGCUGCACACACUGCUGUUCUCAUAAAGGAAGGUAUCGGCAGAGUGGAGUCCAUCGCCCUCCACCCUCCCAGUGGAAGGGUUUGUUUCACCAACCUGGGCCUGCAGGGUACAGGUACCAUGGCUACUGUAGAGUGUGCCAACAUGGACGGUGCUGGGCGGAGUGUGGUGUGGAAGGAUGCUGUCCAGCCCGCAUCUCUGGUCUUCUCCAGUAAUGGGGAUACAAUUUACUGGGCUGACACUAGUUUAGGGACCAUUGGCUCUGUCCAGCUUGAUGGAUCUGGAUACAGAGAGCUGAAGACUGGUGAUGGCCUGGCUGCUGUGGCUCUGAGUGAUGACACACUGCUCUGGAUGACUGUCCGUGACAAAACCAGGCUCUGGUACAGAGAUGAGCAGCAGGAGAGCAAGUUGUGGUUUGAGGUCGGCACAGAGAUGGUCAGCUUAAAGGCGUUCAGCAACUCCAGUCAGACAGGUUCAAACCAGUGCACAGACAACGGCAACUGCCAGCACUUAUGCCUCGCCACCCCAGGAGGUCGGACAUGCAAGUGUGCACAUGACCACAUACUUGUGCAUGACACCCAGUGCAACCCGGAGCAGCGCUGCCCAAGUGGCACCAGGCCCUGUCUGGAUCAACUCUCAUGCCAACCUGUUGAGAAGUUCUGUAACAGGCACAUUGACUGCUAUGACCACUCAGAUGAGAACUGUGUUAGUGUGAAGCAGUGGUCAGGAGCCAAGGUUCCUGCUCUCACCUGGGCCCACAGCUCCUCUCCUCCACCCUCCCCUCUUCCUGGUCUCUCUGGAGUCUCUGGCCCUAACACCACCCUGAAUGAAAGCAGUCAGCUCAGGAACCUGGCUGCCCAGGAGUGCAGCCAGAAACACUGCAGUGGCAACGGACGCUGUGUGGAGACCACUGGAAACUCUGCUUGUGUGUGUUCACUCGGCUACAGUGGAGAUUCUUGUCAAGACCAUCUUCUAAAGACCAUGCAGGGUCCCAUUGUCUAUGGCGCUGCAGGGCUCUGUGCAGGAGUUGUGGUCAUUGCUGUGAUGGCAGUGGUGGUUAAGAGGAGGAAGAGUGCCAACAGAAGGAGAGCUCGCCCAGCAGCAGCGAAGGAAACAAGUAUGACUGAUCUGGAGAACAAAGCUGAGACCACCCCAAGUACACAACCUUCCCCGGUAGACACAGUCAAACCAGAGGAAGUGGCAUCUUCUGUGGACUGAGGCAGAUUCAUGGGCAAGCAGCGUUUUAAAUAAAACUGUUUGCAUUUUC